UGGAGCGAGGUUACAGCAGGAGAGAAGAGGAAGAAGACGGAAUAAGAGUGUUUCUUUCUUUUCGGACACAUCAGAGUCUAAAUUGAUUCACUAUGGACGGUAGAAACUCCGCUGCCUGUUUGGAGGAAUUUGCGAAGCAGAUAAAUUUAGAGCUUCAGUUUGAGAAUCUCCCUUCUGAUGCUUCUGACAACAAAACAGAAUUUGCUGUGCGGGUAGUAUUAAAAGGUUCUGCAAGUGUGGGAGAAACGGAGGAUGAAGCCAAGGAAAAUGCCGCUAGAAUCGUCCUGGAAUCCUUGUUGAAGGAUGAAAGUCAGAGCAUAAGUGACAUGGAAAUGGAUGGCUCAUCUGAUUCUUGGUAUGUAUCACCUGUGUGUGUAGCACCUGAAACGACAGCACUUAAUGCGGGGUUCAGUAAAUUUCUACAGGGACCAAUCAUUGACAAGCACUCUGAAAAGAAAGGGGAAAUGAAGAGGCUGGCAAAGAAGUCAACGUUUUAUUCAGAUUUUGACUGCAUGCAAACUAUUGGCAGAGGAGCCUUUGGUGUUGUUGUCAAAGCAAGACACAAACUAGAGGACAAGUGUUUUGCUGUGAAGAUUGUCCCCAGUUUUGAGAAGUCUCUUCGGGAGGUGCGUACUUUGUCUGAUCUCAUACACAUCAACAUUGUGAGAUACUACAGAGUUUGGAUGGACAAUACAGGAUGCCAAUGGCACGAUAGAAUCCGCGGGUUUCCAAAUAAGUUCCUUUAUAUUCAGAUGGAGCUGUGUGACACAGAAACUCUCAGAAACUGGAUUACUGAGAAAAACACUCAGUCUCUGGCACACAUCGAGAGAAGAGAAGAAAGUCUAAAGAUUGCUCAACAAAUAUUCAGUGGAGUUGAGUACAUUCACUCCAAGAAUUUCAUCCACAGGGACCUGAAGCCUGAGAACAUCCUGUUUGGCCUGGAUGGAGAGAUGAAGAUCGGGGACUUUGGACUGGUCACUGUAGAUCAAUCUUUUACAACCAGGUCACCAAAUAUGGGGACCCUAUCAUACAUGGCUCCUGAGCAACAAUCAAAGUCCUAUGACCGAAAGGUGGACAUAUUUGCUCUGGGGUUGGUUCACUUUGAACUUCUUUGGGAUCUCUCGCCCGACAGUUGCAGAGACUUUAAAGGUGCCAGACAGCAGAUCUUCCACCCAGGUUUCUCUAAAACGUUCCCAGAUGAGAAGCGAAUCAUCUCAAUGAUGCUGAGCAAUGAUCCUAAGGAUCGACCUGAAGCGAGUGAAGUGAAAGCAGUGCUGGAGAACUGGGCUAAGAAGCUCAACCAACAGAAAAGAAAAAAACCACAAGCAGAUAAUGAUGGAGUGGAUCUGAAGUGAGAGGGACGUGUGGAACUAUUUCUGUUUUAUGUCAGAUUGAAUGAAAAAGUUUGAUGAAGUGGCACACUCCUGUAGGGCUCUACAAUGAUGACUUAAAAGAGAUCAGUCCCAGAUUUAAGCACUUGAAACACUUGUUGAUAUGAAAUCAUGACUAAAACAUGAGCUAGAUGCUUUACACAAGAUUGUAAGAGCUAUUCUAGUAUAUAGUCACCUAUUUUUAAUUUAUAUUCAUCCCUUGCUUGUGAGAGCAACAUCUUUAGAAUGCUUUAAGGGAUCUUCAAUCAAUUUUUGACAAAUUUUGCACAAACGUACUCUUGAAUUUGUGGGUUAAUGGAUGAGACUUUGGAGGUCAAAUAUCACUGUGAUCUUUCUUGUAGAUAUUGUGAGGUGGCAGUGACCUUGGUCCACAUUGUGGCUUUGUAGAAGCCUCUUACCCAACCACUGAACCUUUAUUUACACUAUAUUGCCAAAAGUAUUUGCUCACAUACCUUGACUCGCAUACAAACUUAAGUGGCAUCCCAUUCUUAAUCCAAAGGGUUUAAUAUGACGUGGGUCCACCCUUUGCAGCUGUAACAGCUUCAACUCUUCUGGGAAGGCUUUCUGCAAGGUUUAGGAGUGUGUUUAUGGGAAUUUUUGA